UUCCCCCUCCCCCUUAAUAUUUAAGAAUUAAAAGAUGAUGAGAAAUAAGGACAAAAGCCAAGAGGAGGACAGUUCGCUACACAGCAAUGCAUCGAGGUAUGAGCUAUCAACUUUCUUCCUUUUUUCUCUCUCUUUUUUGGGGGAAACCUCAGCUUACAUUGUUUACCUUGACAGACAGGGAUAGCUGUCUGUUUUAUUUUAGGUAUUUUACUAAUUUGGAUUCGUUUUUUAAAGCGUGACCUUGAGAUUGCUAAUAUGCCACACCCUAAUUUUUUGGUAGCAAUUUAUGAAAGUUGAGUUGUGACUUAAGGCCUCUUACAGCAGUCAAAAGGUAAGGUACCUUUAUUCAAGGGGGCCUUUCCUGUAAACUCCAGUUUUUCUGUCAAUAAAUUUCAGUUUUUAGGUUUUUGUGCUGUAGAAAAAUGACCUUGUCGGUUUAGCCAUUGCUGCAUUGCACCAUUUUACAUACAAGGCAAAUUUUUUCUUUGAAGAAUCUAGGAUACCCAAACUUGUAACUGAAGGCCAUAGAGGAGCCUUGUGGUAGUAAAUUAUAGUAAAUAGACGUUUGAGAAAGUUAUAUGAAUGAAAAAAUGUACAUUUUAAAAUGAAAUUGCAAAAAGGACCCUUUGACUGAUGCCUCUCAGUUUGUAUUUUUAUUUGACUCUGUAUUUCUUUUGAUACUCUUGACAUUUUAGGAAAUUUUGAUAAGAUUUAUCAAAACCUUUACUCGAUGGGUACAGUUCCUGCAUUUAUGAAAUCAAACCUGUGAUCACAGAAAUCCUGGAAUACUCUUAAUAUACUUCUCUUUUGUGUUUGUUACUGUGAUUCUAUUUGUAUAUUUUACAUUUAAAAUAUUUUAAGGUUUGCAUUUAUAUGCUCAUAUUAAGACAGUACUUUCUGGUUGGUAGACCUGUAUCUUUUGCAUUUUAGUUGUAGCUGCUUUUAAAUUUAUUGAUUUAUUUUGACAGAGUCACCUGGAAUGCUUUAUCUUCUGAAGCUUACAAAUACAGUUUGUUCAAAUCACGAUUUGUUUCAUAUUUGUUGGAGUACAUUAUUAGUGACUUUAAGUAAUAAAGCCUCUGAGACAUUUUGUUGUAUGAACUGUAUAUUAAUUUUUAAAAGUGCUUAUGAAUACAUUUCUUGAUGUGUGUUCUUAUAAAUUGUCAUGAAUUUUAAAUCAUGCAGUUAAGGAUGUGAUUGGUUAUAUGAUUUUUUAUCCAAUUUUGUUUUUACUUUUAUAAUUUUAUAGAAAUAAUAUACUUUAUUAUUAGGCUAGUGAAUUCAAAAGUUUUGAGAUGGUUUAUUGCAAGGUUGAAGUUUAUUUAUGUUUUAUUAUACUUAACAAUAUUUUGACCCUUUAAAAAUACUUUCUAAAUUCUUUUGCAAAUUGAGUUGUCACACAGUUUGGACUGUCUUUUGAACUGAACUGCCCAUGUAAUUACCCAGGUUUGAUUUAGGACAGGAAACUUAUCUAACUGAUCCUAAACUGCUUUUUCUGAGAAGUUAACACCAAUUUUAAGAAACAGGAAUCCCCAGGUGGAUUUGACAAAUUACUAAAGAUCCAGUAUCUAAAAUUGUUACUCCCUUGAGUAUUUAUGAUUUGCAUAGUCUCACAUAGGUUUUGGCUCUCUUAUGCAAGGUUUGUGGUUAACAUCAUUGAUGAGACUGCCUUCUAAUUUAAAAAAUUAAGCAGUGUUGCUAUUCUUUCUUUUAAUAAUUUACUUACCUAGAAAACGACUUGGAAGUUAUCAUGACUUUGCCUGUUGGCAGUGGGGUUACAGCUUAACUGGAAGCGUGCACUGUACUUUCAAAUGCAUUUUGUCAAGUGUUUUGAUUCACAAACCUGAUGAAUGUCCAAAAAUAUCUGAUAGACUCCCUGAAGAUGGGAGUUUUAAAUUAGUUAUCCGAAAUUGCAUAUCUGAAUACAUGUACAUAAUUAUGACAUCACUUCCUUUUAAAAUUAUAAAGCUUAACAGGAUGCUAGUGGUGUUUUGUUGUAGUAGAUUAAUGUUACUUUUAGGAAGCUACAAUUAAGGAGACUGUUUAGGUACUAGUACUUGGUCCCUUAAUCCAUUAGAAUUUCCUCGCUAGGACCUAGUUUCUGUGGCACAAAGUCUAGUGUGCAGGGAAUACUACAAAAAUUUUGUAUCCUGAGCCACAAGAGGGGGAGGGAGGAGUUUGCAGGUCAAGUAAACUUAGAAUUACUUUAGAUAGAUAUGAAAGGAUUGAGUGCAAGUUUAGGUAAACCUGAUACUUCCCUGUUUUGGAAAUAAUGCAGUCAACUUAAUAGUUAUUACAUAAAGUUGUAUGUUACUCCUGUAUUUUGUUAAUGCUUUUAAGUAUGUUACACGUUGCAUAUCGUGAUUUCUGAAGAUAAAAAGUUCAUUUUCAAAAAAUACGAAUUUAAAAAUACCUUGAUAGAUUUGUCAAGUUUCUAAAUAUUUAAAACAAAGUUUUAGUGAUGGACAUACAUGGAAAUGUAUACCACACACUUCUUACCCAAAUAAUUGGCAGUUUGGGAUAACUCCAAUAAUAUUAAAGAAUGGAGACAGGAGAGAAGGGAAUGUGAUUGGAACUGUGUGUGCACACAAAGAGUUCUGUUUGUUCUAGGACGCUGCGUUUGCAAUUUUAUCUAAAAACACAGUUUAUUAAAUUUAUCUCUAAAUCGUCUGCCUUUGAACCAGAUUUAUUCUGUCAACCUCCGAUGUGGGCAAAUUUUAAUCAGCCUUUUAGCAGUUAUUCUAAAAGCCUGGGGCUAAUUAGAAAUGGCAUAAUGCAGUUGCUUGUGGACUGAACAGGCAGUUUUUUAAGUGGCAGCCAUUUUAUGAUGCUGAUAAUUCUUAAGAAUCGGGAUUUUUGAGAAGACAAAAUCGAACUGAAACUUGAAAUAUCAAAACUCCUUCCCACCCCCAGCCUCCCCUUUCUUGGUUCUCUGGUGCGAAAAUAAGGGGCAGCUUGGUAGGUAGCGCGGGCAGCAGCUCCGUGAGCCCCUGGCAUCUUGGUGCAGGUCCAGCUCAGUCACAAAAUGGCUGUUCCUUUGUGCCGCAGCGCUGACAGACAUACUGCAUUGCACUGUGUACUCGCCAAACAGCAGGAAGUUGCCGUGCCGAGUUCAAAGGCCGGCCGGCGCCGGCGCAUGCUGCUGAUUGGCUGUGCGCACGCCUGGUAACAGCGGGUCAACAGCGGCGGCCUUCGGCAGGCCCCGCCCCGUGACGUCAGGCGCGUCCCCUCGCUCCUAGGAGGAGCGAACGCAGUGACGUAGGGCUGCGUGCGCAGCCGGGGUGCUGCCUCUUCGUCUGGGGAGCCGGCAGCUUUGGGGGCGCGGGGUAGGAAAAGGAAGGGGAAGCGACCCGGACUGGGGCUUUCCGGUGGGUGGUCACCCGGCCGAUUUCGCCUCUGGCAGUCCUCUGCGCCCUUCCUCUUAGUCCACACCCUGCAGCGUGUAUUUUCUUUGCCCUUCCCUCGGAAGGGUUGGCUUCUCAGAAAGCGGCUUCUACUUUUGGAGAAAGUAGAAGGCACUAUUCGGAAGCCUUCAAAUCGAAAACCUACCAGUUUUUACAUUUUUCGCUUUCCUUUAUCAUAUUCUAGCGGGCCUUUUUUUUUUUUUUUCCUUUUUUUUACCUUUUUUCAGCGUGAAGAGAUUAGUAAACUUUAUCUUGUGUCACCAUUGGCCAAAACCUUUUCACUGUCAAGAGGAGAUAUUUUUGUUUACAGUGAAAGGUCUUAACGGGUGUUACAGCUGUUGGGUGAUCAUGGCUCAUAAAAAAAGGGAGGAUUAUUUGAACUUGUCCCCGUCCCCGUGCAUUUUUACUUGGUACCGUACAUAUUCUCAGUUGGCAUUUGAUGGAGGAAAACUCAGUCACUCAGCAUCUGAAGAGGCUUCGGGUUCAGACUCAGGCAGCCAGUCGGAGAGUGAGCAGGGCAGCGAUCCAGGAAGUGGACAUGGCAGUGAGUCAAAUAGCAGUUCUGAAUCUUCAGAGAGCCAGUCGGAAUCUGAAAGUGAGUCGGCGGGUUCCAAAUCCCAGCCAGUCCUUCCAGAAGCCAAAGAGAAGCCAGCCUCUAAGAAGGAACGGAUAGCUGAUGUGAAGAAGAUGUGGGAAGAAUAUCCUGAUGUUUAUGGGGUUAGGCGGUCAAACCGAAGCAGACAAGAACCAUCACGAUUUAAUAUUAAGGAGGAGGCAAGUAGCGGGUCUGAGAGUGGGAGCCCAAAAAGAAGAGGCCAGAGGCAGCUGAAGAAACAAACAGUGCCCAAACCUCGUGUUAAAAAGCAACCCAAGACUCAGCGUGGAAAGAGAAAAAGGCAAGAUUCUUCUGAUGACGAUGAUGAAGAUGAUGAAGCUCCUAAAAGGCAGACUCGUCGCAGAGCAGCUAAAAAUGUUAGCUAUAAGGAAGAUGACGACUUUGAGACUGACUCUGACGACCUCAUCGAAAUGACAGGAGAAGGAGCCGAUGAACAGCAGGACAACAGUGAAACUAUUGAGAAGGUCUUAGACUCAAGGCUGGGAAAGAAAGGAGCUACGGGAGCUUCUACUACUGUAUAUGCGAUUGAAGCUAAUGGAGACCCAAGUGGCGACUUUGACACUGAAAAGGAUGAGGGUGAAGUCCAGUACCUCAUCAAGUGGAAGGGUUGGUCUUACAUCCACAGCACAUGGGAGAGUGAAGAAUCCUUACAACAGCAGAAAGUGAAGGGUCUAAAAAAAUUAGAGAACUUCAAGAAGAAAGAGGAUGAAAUCAAGCAAUGGUUAGGAAAAGUCUCUCCUGAAGAUGUGGAAUAUUUCAACUGCCAACAAGAGCUGGCCUCAGAGUUGAACAAACAGUAUCAGAUAGUCGAAAGAAUAAUCGCCGUGAAGACAAGCAAAUCUACAUUGGGUCAAUCAGAUUUUCCAGCUCACAGUCGGAAGCCGGCACCUUCAAAUGAACCUGAAUAUCUAUGCAAAUGGAUGGGACUGCCCUAUUCAGAGUGCAGCUGGGAAGAUGAAGCCUUGAUUGGAAAGAAGUUCCAGAGCUGUAUUGACAGCUUCCAUAGUCGGAACAACUCAAAAACCAUCCCGACGAGAGAAUGCAAGGCCUUGAAGCAGAGACCACGAUUUGUGGCUUUAAAGAAACAGCCAGCAUAUUUAGGAGGGGAGAAUCUGGAGCUUCGUGAUUAUCAGCUAGAAGGUCUCAACUGGCUUGCUCAUUCCUGGUGCAAAAGUAACAGUGUAAUCCUUGCUGAUGAAAUGGGCCUAGGAAAGACCAUCCAGACCAUAUCAUUCCUCUCCUACCUGUUCCACCAACACCAGCUGUAUGGCCCCUUUCUUAUAGUCGUCCCUUUAUCCACCCUCACCUCAUGGCAGAGGGAGUUUGAAAUCUGGGCACCAGAGAUUAACGUAGUGGUUUACAUAGGUGACCUGAUGAGCAGAAAUACGAUACGGGAAUAUGAAUGGAUUCAUUCUCAGACUAAAAGGCUGAAGUUCAAUGCACUUAUAACAACAUAUGAGAUUCUCUUAAAAGAUAAGACUGUGCUGGGCAGUAUUAACUGGGCCUUUCUGGGAGUGGAUGAAGCCCAUCGGUUGAAGAAUGAUGACUCUUUAUUGUAUAAAACUCUGAUUGAUUUCAAGUCCCACCAUAGGCUCCUGAUUACGGGGACCCCUCUGCAGAAUUCCCUCAAAGAGCUCUGGUCCUUGCUGCACUUUAUUAUGCCGGAGAAGUUUGAAUUCUGGGAAGAUUUUGAAGAGGACCAUGGGAAAGGAAGGGAAAACGGCUAUCAGAGUCUCCAUAAGGUGUUGGAACCCUUCCUUCUCCGUAGGGUCAAAAAGGAUGUAGAAAAAUCCCUUCCUGCCAAAGUGGAACAGAUCCUCAGGGUGGAGAUGUCUGCUCUGCAGAAGCAGUAUUACAAAUGGAUUCUGACCAGGAAUUACAAGGCUCUUGCCAAGGGAACACGAGGCAGCACGUCUGGUUUCCUGAACAUUGUGAUGGAAUUGAAAAAAUGCUGCAACCAUUGCUACCUGAUCAAACCCCCAGAAGACAGCGAGCGAGAGAACGGGCAGGAGGUUCUCCUGUCCCUGAUCAGGAGCAGUGGGAAGCUGAUUCUAUUAGAUAAACUGUUGACAAGACUUCGAGAAAGGGGGAAUAGAGUCCUUAUCUUCUCCCAGAUGGUCCGAAUGUUGGACAUCCUGGCUGAGUACCUGACUAUCAAGCACUAUCCUUUCCAGCGUCUGGAUGGUUCCAUCAAGGGAGAAAUCCGAAAACAGGCCCUGGACCACUUCAAUGCAGAUGGGUCUGAGGACUUCUGUUUCCUGCUCUCGACAAGGGCUGGUGGCCUGGGAAUCAAUCUGGCUUCGGCAGACACGGUCGUCAUCUUUGACUCUGACUGGAACCCCCAGAACGACUUGCAGGCACAAGCCCGAGCCCACAGAAUUGGUCAGAAGAAGCAGGUAAAUAUUUACCGGUUGGUUACAAAGGGGACUGUGGAGGAGGAGAUCAUUGAACGGGCCAAAAAGAAGAUGGUAUUGGACCAUCUGGUGAUUCAGCGCAUGGAUACCACUGGCCGGACAGUUCUAGAAAACAACUCAGGAAGGUCCAACUCAAAUCCUUUUAAUAAAGAAGAGCUGACAGCUAUUUUGAAAUUUGGAGCAGAGGAUCUCUUCAAAGAACUUGAAGGGGAGGAGUCAGAGCCUCAGGAAAUGGACAUAGAUGAAAUUUUACGCUUGGCUGAAACUAGAGAGAAUGAAGUGUCAACAAGUGCGACAGAUGAGCUUCUGUCACAGUUUAAGGUUGCCAACUUUGCAACAAUGGAAGAUGAAGAAGAGCUAGAAGAGCGGCCUCACAAGGACUGGGAUGAGAUCAUUCCAGAGGAGCAAAGAAAAAAAGUAGAGGAGGAAGAGCGUCAGAAGGAGCUAGAAGAAAUUUAUAUGUUGCCUCGAAUUCGGAGUUCCACUAAAAAGGCUCAGACAAAUGACAGUGACUCUGACACUGAGUCCAAGAGGCAAGCCCAGAGAUCCUCUGCCUCUGAGAGUGAGACCGAUGACUCCGAUGACGACAAGAAGCCAAAGCGCAGGGGGCGCCCCCGAAGCGUGCGGAAGGACCUUGUCGAGGGAUUUACCGAUGCAGAGAUCCGAAGGUUCAUCAAGGCAUAUAAGAAGUUUGGUCUCCCUCUUGAACGGCUGGAGUGCAUAGCCCGCGAUGCAGAACUGGUAGAUAAGUCCGUAGCGGAUCUGAAACGCCUGGGUGAGCUGAUUCACAACAGCUGUGUAUCAGCAAUGCAGGAGUAUGAAGAACAGCUGAAAGAAAAUGCCAGCGAGGGGAAAGGACCAGGGAAAAAGAGAGGCCCAACAAUCAAAAUAUCUGGGGUUCAGGUUAAUGUGAAAUCCAUUAUACAACAUGAGGAAGAGUUUGAGAUGCUGCAUAAAUCUAUCCCCGUGGACCCUGAAGAAAAAAAAAAAUACUGCUUAACCUGUCGAGUGAAAGCUGCACAUUUCGAUGUCGAGUGGGGGGUAGAGGAUGAUUCACGUUUACUCCUGGGAAUUUAUGAGCAUGGCUAUGGAAACUGGGAGUUAAUUAAAACGGAUCCAGAGCUUAAGUUAACUGACAAAAUUCUGCCCGUGGAGACGGAUAAAAAGCCGCAGGGGAAGCAGCUGCAGACCCGGGCGGACUACUUGCUGAAGCUGCUCAGGAAGAGUCUGGAGAAGAAGGGGGCUGUGACGGGCGGGGAAGAGGCCAAAUUAAAGAAGCGGAAGCCUCGAGUAAAGAAAGAAAACAAAGAGCCCAGGCUGAAAGAUGAGCAUGGGAUUGAGUUUUCAUCACCUAGACACUCAGACAAUCCAUCGGAAGAGGGAGAAGUAAAGGAUGAUGGCUUAGAAAAAAGUCCAAUGAAAAAGAAACAGAAGAAGAAAGAGAACAAGGAGAACAAGGAGAAACAAAUGAGUUCUAGGAAAGACAAAGAAGGGGACAAGGAGAGGAAGAAGUCAAAAGAUAAGAAAGAGAAGCCUAAAGGUGGUGAUGCCAAAUCUUCAAGUAAAUCAAAGCGAUCUCAGGGUCCUGUCCAUAUUACAGCAGGAAGUGAGCCUGUCCCCAUUGGAGAGGAUGAGGACGAUGAUCUGGACCAGGAGACAUUCAGCAUAUGCAAAGAGAGGAUGAGGCCCGUGAAAAAGGCACUGAAACAGCUGGACAAACCCGACAAGGGGCUCAAUGUGCAGGAACAGCUGGAGCAUACCCGAAAUUGCCUGCUGAAAAUCGGAGACCGGAUAGCCGAGUGCCUUAAAGCCUACUCAGACCAGGAGCACAUCAAACUGUGGAGGAGGAACCUAUGGAUUUUUGUUUCCAAGUUUACAGAAUUUGAUGCUCGAAAAUUGCAUAAAUUGUACAAGAUGGCUCAUAAGAAAAGAUCUCAAGAAGAGGAGGAGCAAAAGAAGAAAGAUGAUGUGAUUGGUGGUAAGAAGCCAUUUCGACCAGAGGCCUCAGGCUCCAGCCGGGACUCCCUGAUAUCUCAGUCCCACACCCCACACAACCUUCACCCUCAGAAGCCUCACUUGCCUGCCUCCCAUGGCCCACAGAUGCACGGACACCCAAGAGAUAACUAUAAUCACCCCAACAAAAGACACUUUAGUAAUGCAGAUCGAGGAGACUGGCAGAGGGAAAGAAAGUUCAACUAUGGUGGUGGCAACAGCAAUCCUCCGUGGGGUAGUGACCGGCACCACCAGUAUGAGCAGCACUGGUACAAGGACCACCAUUAUGGGGACCGGCGACACAUGGACGCCCACCGCUCUGGGAGCUACAGACCCAACAAUCUGUCCAGAAAAAGACCUUAUGACCAGUACAGUAGCGACCGAGACCACAGGGGACACAGAGAUUAUUAUGACAGGCACCAUCAUGACUCCAAGCGGAGGAGAGCCGAUGAAUUUCGGCCUCAAAAUUACCACCAGCAGGAUUUCCGACGAAUGUCUGAUCACCGCCCCCCUGUGAGCUACCAUGGCCAGGGACCCUCGGACCAUUACCGCUCUUUCCACACAGACAAACUGGGGGAGUAUAAACAACCCCUGCCCCCCCUGCACCCCGCCGUCUCAGACCCUCGCUCGCCCCCUUCUCAGAAAUCCCCCCACGAUUCCAAGUCACCCCUGGAUCACAGGUCUCCUUUGGAGAGAUCACUAGAACAGAAAAACAACCCAGAUUAUAACUGGAAUGUUCGGAAAACAUAAAGGACAGCUGGGAAUGAAGGGGAGAGCAAGAGUCAUUAAGCACCUGGAUAUUUUUGGUCUGAUCCAGUAGGAGCCAGUUAUCUAGACCAGUGAGUGGAGUUUCUGGACAUGCUGCUGCUGUCAGCUCGCCGGUGGAAGGAGCACCUCAAGGAGCGGGGGGCCUUUCACUUGGUCCAGCUUGGGUUUGGGUCGCCACUCCUGCACUUUGACACCCCUUCCCAUUCCAGCCUGGUCCUGGCCUCCCACUGCGAGGAGUGCUAGGAGGAAGACGUGACUUUUGCGUCCCAGCUUCGUGGGCUGUGUUUCCCCAGUGAAGGAAGAAGGGAUCUCAGAGUCACGAGGAUUUUGUUGCUGGGUCCGUGUGCUCUGGGCCCAUGUGCAGUGGGCUGGGAAGGAGCGUGUAUGUGAAGGUUGACGGGACCUGCUGGGCCACGCGUGAUCUGCUUCACUGUGAUGUGACGGAUGCUGCUGACGGGGCGGGGCGUGGGUGUCGCCUCAUAAGACUUGAAGGGGAGCAGGUACACUCCUCACAUGUGUUCUUGGGAGAACCAUACACUUGGGCCUCCUUGUGAUGCCUUUGGUGCAGGGGCUGGUGGGGAGCAGCUUCCACAGUGGCCCCUUCCCUACAACACUAACCUUUCCCACACUAUCUGGACAUUUCAGAGGUUCGGUCUCCUGAGCGGGUCUCCUUUGCCCUGGUCCAGGGGAGAGUCAGGCCCAUCUGGCUGACUUGUGCGUACUGUGAGUUUUCGGCAGUGUUGGAGCUGGCGUGGGUCUUCCUUGGCUGGGAGUGGGGGGAGAGGGGUGAGAGAGGGGCUAGAGGGGCGGUGUGGCCAGGGACCCGGAAUCCCCGGUGGGGUUCUGAUUCCUGGGAUGAGCAGUCUGAGGGCAGGGCCUGGAGAGGAGGGGAAGCUUGCUGCAAGCACGCGCCCAGGCAGGGAUGUGGGUGGCAGGCAUGCUUCCCGGGGGAGGUGGGGGGGGCGGGGCUUCAGUGUUGCGCCAGGUCAGCGUUUGCAGCCACGCUCGUUACUUCAGUUCCCUUCGCACAGCUUGAAGAAGUAGACUUGCACAGAACGUGCAACUCCUGACGCCACAGGGCGGGUGGACAGAUGAGGUCUGGGUCCCUGUUGGGAACAGGCUCCCACUCCCAGUCGGAGAUCGUUAGAAUUGAACUCCAUUGGUUUUAGAAUGAGAUCAAAUAAGGCGUACACAAGGUAAAGUUUUUCCAAAAUAGGAAGCCUCCAAGGACAGGGGACUGAGCUGCAGACAGUAAGAGUCCUACUCGGGUUGAACAGAGUCAGAAGUGGGAAGGCGAGUCAGUUGUACCAAUUAAUCAUGCUCCUUUUACCUUACAGUUUACGGAUACUGGGCCUUCCAUUUUAUUCCCUUUAAAUAUAGCUUGCCAGUAUUGUUUGACUGUCCAAAGGCCUUUCUAGGUGGAAUAACUGACUUGAACCUACACUGUGCCUAUAUGCGUCCAGGCUCAGAGCUGGUGACCACCUUUCCAUUGGGUGUGCACAGGGUUAAACUCCCUGAACUGACCUGUGAGGACUUCAUAAAACUGUUAUCGCUUACUUGCUGGUAACCUGGGCAGCACCAUUUUUGCCUUUACUGAGAAAUUCCCAAGUCAGCUCGCCCUAGGGAAGCAGAUGUGGCUUUGGUGGGUCAUCGCUCGUGGGGCUGGCCUGGCGUGAGUUCCACAUGAGAGUCUGGGUCCUCACAGCUUAUGUUGGGAGCUUAGUAGGUCUGCCCCUUCCUUAUUUAUCUCCUCUCGGGACUGGGAUUGUUCACCGUGGGCUCGUAUCCGGUGAACAUGCCUUGGACCACGGCCCAGAGAAUGCCCGGGAGCCUCUGGCCACAGCCACUCCACUGGGCACAUGCUGUGACUGCUUGGGAGAGAAGAGGGUGUCUGCUGUGGCCUCCACCAGCUUAACUUCUUGCUGACACUACCCUGUGUCUUUCUUGCCCAGGCCAAAGAGGAGGGCUAGGUUGGCUUGUCCCUUCCUGUGGUGGGAGGAAGGGAGGGAGGGAUGAGCCCCAGGAUGUCUUCCCCUGUGGGAGGGAAGUCAGGCUGUGUCCCCUGGGAAGCCAGGAAAGUCACUGGAGGCCCUGUGUUUCAAUACUCAUCAGGGUUUUUUUUCCUCUGAAGUUGAUAGGAGAUGUUAUUCCCAAAGAUGUCUCAUCAUGAAGAAAAAGGAACUUCCUUUUGUUUACAUUCAGGACUUACUGUGCCAUAUGAUGUAGCAAAAGGCAAUAUUAGCCAGAUCAGUGUUAAAUUGAUUAUAAAAUUACAGUAUCCCCAUAAAAGCAUCUAUUUUAGGUGUUGAGGUAUGUUUAAAGAGUCAGGAAAAAGGAGGCAUUUCCUCACUGACCUAAAUCAGUAUGAAUAUUGUAUGCUUUUAUCAAAAACAGAUUUGCACAGAUAGGAAUUCUCUCCCUUGUGGAUAGGAUAAAGUACCCCAGGAACCUGUGAGGGCGAUAUCACAGAGCCUAGCUUUGAAAGAUUCAGUAAUUGGGUGGAGACUGCAGGGGUUGAGGAAGAGGGGAGUUGGCAUCACCUGAAGUCUGAGUGUGGAACAAGGGUUAGCAUGGUAUCCCACAGCCCUGGGAAGGGGUGCGGUGAGAGCCCCAGGCAUCACUGUGGUCUUUCAGAGAUGCUGGAGAGAAGCUGCCAGGCCCUCUGCAGAGCCCCAUCUUACGGCCCCUGGUCCCCCUCUCUCCUAGCCCUUGCGUUGGCCCUUUCACGGGAAGCCAGAACACUUCUCGCAUCGUGCUGCAGGCACUCUAGCCUGAUGGCUGAGAGCUAUAUCAGGAUGUGUGGUGCACACGCGAUUCGGUUACGAAUUCACAUGGGGACACUGGAAUCCUACAGACCAAAAUCCACUCGUCAGCAGGAAUGGUGGCCCGGGGCCCAGCACUGGUGGUCUUCCGGGCUCGUCUGAGGGCCGCAGUGUCAGGCAGAGAGAGCCAGGCCAAGGGUCCAGGCUGCUUUAGUCCAUCUGACCCCACUCGUUUGGGGAUAGAUGGUUUUUCUUUAUUGUAAAAUUGUGGACUUUUCAAACCUGUUGACUAAACAGUAAUUAAUUUAUAUUUGUGAAAAAUGCCACUGUCCUAGUGAUUUCUGAUGUAAAUAAUGUUGUUUAUAUAGUAUGUAUUAAAUUUUCCUACAUUGUACAACUGCUGUACUUUUGAUUCUUGUAUAUUAAACAGUGUUACUAAGGAUUUUUAGAAUUGGGCGGACACGUUGCAUUGCGUUGCAUCGGCGUGAAACGUGACCAGAUACGCGUCCAGCUCUCUUCCCCUGGCUGCCGGGUCAUUUGGCCUGUUCGACAGCUUGUGAAAUGGAGCCUUUUGAAGUUGCAGUGUUCUUCCUACCAGCACCAGCGUGUUGCUGGGUCUAGGACCCUCACAGGUUCCGGAGGUUUUCCCUGCGUGGCCACUGCCAAGGGUAGUGGUCCCUGGCUGGGCAGCUCCCCGCAUCUGACGGGAUUACCCGGACCAGUGACAGUCCCUGGUGGAGCAGAGUGGCCCACCCUUUCCCACGUUGGUUGUGCCGGAGAAGGAGCCCUGGAGACCUGGAAGGUGCAUUUUGAAGACCUGUGUCAUUCAGACAGGGUCCUGUAGCUCCCCUUCCAUCCAGAGGAAGUGAAAGCACAGUGUCUGCCAGUCCACAGCAGUGAGGGUGAUUUAACGGUUGGGUUAUAUAUUCAUGAAGAGGGAAAAAGGCAUUUUAUAAUGGAAACACUGACACGAAUGUUAACUCUAGCAAUUUGGCACAGGGGCAGGCCCGGCUCCUACGAGGCCCAGACAGGAGGGGUGGCCCAGCCCUCGGGUGGAGAUCCCGUCUGAGUAGGAGCUGGAGAAGGUUGCCAGACCCAAGGGGUUUUGCUAAUGCUUGGGGGGAUUUCAAAACCAAACUCCUAGUCUUCUCUAACCUCCUUAUUCUUGAUACCCAAUAAACCCAUAACGUUCGCUCAGUUAACUCCCCGG